GUCUUGAUGUUGCGUGGGAGGAGGAAGCCUGAAGGAAGAGAUGAAGGCAUGAGAGAGGGAGCCAGGAAGGGCGCUAUCAAUACAGAAGGAGACGUCGUUGAGUGAAGGAAACCCGACACCAGGACAAGACUACGUCGCAAAGAAGAUUACGUGGUAGAAAUUCUCUCUUGCAGGGAACCCGACACCAGGACAAGAGUACGUCGCAGAGAAGACUACGUGGCAGAAAUUCCAAGACAAGACUACUUUACAGCGAAGACUACGAGGCAGAAAUUCUAGACUGCAGUUUUAGACUAUCCAGCUGAAUAAGUUGUAUCGUAAUAUCUAGGGAGCUUUGAGUGGAUGCUGACACGAGGCCAACUGAGCACUGGCUUCAUCGGCGGAAUGGAAGACUAAUUUCCAAGACAGAAACAAUGCAAAAACAAAAAUGCACGUGUGGCGGAGAUAAGUUGUCGACAACGAAGUCGUCCCUGCUUGUUUGAACUUCUGUUCCCAAUGUGUUCCCAUUACUACGUGGAAUGCCUCACCCAUCAAACUUGGGUGUCAGCUGUUUGCGGAUUCCAAGCAGUGUCUGUUCUAAUAAAUAGCCAGAGACUCAAAAAAUUUUGUUUCAUUUUAUUUAUUUAUUAUUUUUCAUCUAUUUAUUUAUGUUUUGAGACCAGACAAUUAUUGCAUUUCCUUCUUCCGGACGCUCUUCUAGGUAUGAAAUUUGCAUGAUUUUUUUUCUCGCCGCUUUUUUUUUUUUUUUUUUCCCCCGUCUUGAUUAUUUCAUGAUUUCCCCCCGCUUGAUUUCCUCUCCUACGUCGUCACAUUUCGUGGUUAAAUUGUGAUCUCUGAGAAGAAGAAUCAUAUCACGCAACAAUAGAUCUAUUAUUAUCCUCAGACUAGUCGCCCACAGUGAUGGCUGCUGCUUCACAAUCGCUGAACUAGACCUCAAAACUCUGCCUUACCCAUUGUAGCAUGAAAACUUAUCAUGCGCCACUCCGCUCUCCGCACCACACUCAAGGUCACCCACCCCGCUGCUGCUAUCAUCAGUUAUCCAUCUCCGCCACUCACGUUUUCACAUCCGUUGUCUCUAUGGUUAGUCAGCACGUCGCGGCGGAGGUGGUUGCUUCCCGACUAAUGCGCCACCAGUCGGGAACAUAUCGCCGGUGAGGGAGGUAAAAACCUGACACGUAGGAAGACGACAUAUAGACCCAGUGGUUUGCUGGAUUCUAACAGCUGCUGGCAAAUGGCAACGUCACACCAGGCGAAACAGGCUCCUGCUUCGGGCAGGAGGGGAGAAGGGCGCCCAGUGUCCUGCCACCACCACGCCACGAAAGAUGCCUUCGGUGAAUGAAUCGACGCCGCUUCUGAGGAACCCUCACCAGAAGCCUCUGCCACGCCGCAGGUCCGCCAUCUCCCGCGCCCUGUCCCUGGUGACGGUGGAGCCCGCGCUUUUCCUGGAGGCGAUGGCGUACGGUGUGAACGAGAACCUGCUCACCAACCUGACGGUGGACAAAUUGUGCUCCGUGCACUUCGGCUUUGACGCGGAAACUUGCCGCAACCUGGACGCCGGCAACCACACGACGCAGCAGGACCAGGUGCAGCGCCUGGCCUCAGACUACAACAUGUACACCCACUGGGUGGAGUACAUACCCGCCCUCUUCACCAACCUGCUCCUCGGCUCCCUGGGGGAUGCCCAUGGCCGCCGCCUGCCUGUGCUCUUGACCUUCACCGGCCACCUGCUGAUGGCAGCCUGCUACCUGGCCAACGCGUACUGGUGGCGCCUGCCCGUGCCGCUGAUCUGCCUGUCCGCGCUGCCCAUGGGAUUGUUCGGCGGCCAUAUCGGCGUUGGAAACGCCGUCAACGCCUACCUGAGCGCCUCGUCGGGAACGCGGUCCCGCACCACCUCGCUCUCCUCCGUGGAGUGGGUCAAGUACGCCGCACAACCCCUGGGGAUCUACGCAUCAUCUCUACUGUACUCCCGUGGCGGCUACUUGCUGGCCUUCGGCUUCUACGUGCUGCUGCUGCUGGCGGGCGUGCUGUAUCUGCUGAUGUGUGUCGGAGAGCCACCCACCGCCAUUGAGGCGCGCGGCUCAUCCACUCGUGACGGCAUAAAGGUGGGCGUGGCGGCUCACAUAAAAUACACGUUAGCAGUUCCAAUGAAAAUCCGCCGCAGCGGACGUAGCGGUGUGUUGGUGGCGGCGUAUGCGGUGGUGCUACUGCUGUGGAGCUUCGCUAGAGAGAGCAGUGCUCAGUUCUUCCUUUACGAGCGAAAGUUGUUCGGGUGGCAGCUGCAACAGUACACAAACUGGCUGGUGUUCAGCUAUUUCGUGAAGACAGCGGGGCUUCUGCUGGUGGUGCCGGUCUACAGCUACUACCUGGGAGUGCAGGACGCCAUGCUGGGCUUCAUCGGUGGCAUCUCCAUGAUAUUCUACUACACCGUGUUUGCCACCGCGCCGGAGCCUUGGGUCCUCUACGCUGCUGCCGUGUUGUCCCUGUGCAGCGCCGUCCCCGCAGUGACCUCCCGUGGCGCCGUCUCCAAGGCUGUGGCCGCCAACGACUUCGGUGCAGUCUUUGCCUUCCUGUCGCUGCUGGAGUGCCUGGUGCUGUUGCUUGGCACGCCUUUCUACACCUUCGUUUACAACCUGACACUGGACAUCUUCCCGGGGACGUUGUACCUCGUGAUGGCUGGCGUGGGAGUGGUCGUGUGUUGCAUUCACGUGUGGCUCCUCACUAACUUUGAUGAGAACUACAGCAGAGGAAAGUAGUCCAGGAGGUGUCUAUCCCUUCACCACCAUCACCACUAUCAUCACCGUCACUACCAUCACCACUACCAUCACCACCGCCAUCAUCACCACCAGGAAGACGAAGGCGGGACGCACCGGCUCGUGACAGACAGCCAGACAGUCAGGCACACAGACAACCAGCUAAAGCGUGUAUAUCAAAUAAAAAAACACCGAAUAACGACAAACCUUAAAUAAUGGAGGAUAUAAAAACUGUAUAAAACAACGCAAUGCAAAUAAAAUAUAAACACAAACGCACCACA